UCUCGGAUGUAAUAAGCGACUUACGACGAACGGGCCCCUGAUCCUCCCUAUACGCAAGCUGCGUAGGGCCCCCGAAACACCAGGGGGCCCCCUUGCUCUCAAAGGGUUUUUAGGUCGCGACCCACCAGUUGAGAUAGCUAGCUGUGACUUCAUUUGCAACUUCUCACUUUCGUCACCACACUUUCAGUCAUAUCUAUUUAUUAAUUUCAGUCCUGCAGAUCUCUUUUUCCUUUUCCACUAACUAUUCUCCACAUCACUGUUCUAUACUAUCUGUUUAUCUCAAAUUCCCUUUUGUCCUUUCAUUGAUGCCAUAGUUGCUGGGUCUGUGUUUAAUUGAGGAUUGUCUUGGAUUAGCUGUUUGAGAAAGCCUUAAUCUGUUUGAGUCACUGAGACACAGUUUAUGAGAGAAAAGCUGAGGGUAAUCACAGAGAGUGCCAGGCAACAGAUGGGCCUGUGCUAGUUAACCCGAGAGAAACCUUUGAGGAACAGUACUCUUAGGCAAAGAUUUUAGAUGGACAGUGAGGGUGUUAAAGAACAACAGAGUGAGGAAGAAAUGGAGCAAGAAAUGUCCUCUGAGAAAGACGAGGACAGCGAACCAGAGGAGGAAGAUGAAGCUGAUGAGGAUGAGGAGGAAAUGGCAGAAAUCCAGGACAGAGGGGAUCUGAGGGACAUGGAGGUCUGGAAUGGGUUUAUUUCAGGAGGAGGACUUGCAGCUGAAGAGGAGGUGCUGCUGGACUGGAAGCCAGGUGACCCUGUGACUCCUCAGUAUGUCCUCAUGCUACCAGGAUACACCGACGACUACCUGUGCUCCCCAGAAGACAACGUCUACAAUAUUAGCUUUUCACGAUUCAAAAUAAGAGACCUAGAAGGUGGAUCGGUCAUUCUGGACCUAAAACGACGCUGUUCGACAGAAAUAAAGGAUGUCAUAGAGCUGGAUGCAGGCCGUUUCAUUCAGUAUCAUUUCAGUCCUACUUUUCUAAAUCUCAGGGAGAUUGGAGCCACGCUUGAGUUUACAGUGGGCGGUAAGGCAGUCAACAAGUUUCGGCUGAUUGAGAGGCAUUACUUCAGGGAUCUGCUGCUGAAGACGUUUGACUUUGAGAUCGGUUUCUGUAUCCCAUACAGCAGAAACACCUGUGAACACAUUUACUGCUUACCAGAUCUGGAUUCACACACAAUUGAGGACAUGAUCAGCCACCCUUUUGAGACGAGGUCAGACAGCUUCUACUUCGCCAAUAACACACUAAUCAUGCAUCAUAAGGCAGAGUACUCCUUCAGCCAGGGGCUGGAGCUCAAUGAGAACCAAACCUAAACACUUCACAGAAGGCAUGGUAACAUCAAUCACAGCAUGGCAGCAGAAGACUGGUAAUAUAAUAUACAGAGUAGUGCUGUAUGUUUGGUUUCAUAAACCAUAAACUACAUAAACUAGGAAUAGGCAUUUCUUUGUUACUUUACUGAUGUUUGUGCUGGGGAGAUGUUGUGUUGCUUGCACAGUAAUAAAAAAAACCAUUAUCAGAAAA